AUGGACCUUGCAGCUUGGCAUCGACAUAUCAAACAGGGUCACAUCCCCUUUCGUGCUGACUGCCGCAUUUGUGGGGAAGCUAUGGGCUGCGACAAACCACACAAGAGGCUUGGGGGGAGCGCCACGAAGUUCACUAUGUCAGCCGACCUUUGUGGACCGUUUCCUGAAGGGAAAGAUUUGGGCACAGGAGUCAUUUGCAAGUACGCACUGGUCUCAACUGUGGCCGUCCCCAUCAUCUCUGAGCUUCCAGGUGAGGUUACUGAGCCAUGCGACACCGCCAAGGAUGUGGAGCACACGGAGGAGAUUCCCUGCGAGCCAGAAGACCGUGACCUAGUCCCUGAAGAUGAAGUCCGGAGGCUCAAUGAAAUGGCUGAGAUUGAGAAGUCUCAAGAACCUCAAGGACAUCAAAAUGUCACCCUGGCUGAAGUGAUUCCUGAUCGCACGGUGGAGUCACUGGUCCGUGCUUUGUCCCGCUUGCACGCCAAGUACCGCAUGCUGGGCAUCCAGGUCUACAGAUUGCACACAGAUCGUGAACGAUCAUUUGCUUCAGCACCAAUUCAGAAGUGGUGUGAACAGCGACAGAUUCGCUUGACUAUGACGGCUGGCGAUGAUUCCAAGGCCAAUGGCCGUGUUGAAGGAGAAGUGAACCAACUCAAACGCCGCACCAGGUUGUUCCUUCAUGAUGCUGGACUACCUCACUCCUUCUGGCCAGUUGCCCUUCGCCAUGCUGCCGAAGAGCGUGUUCGACUACAACUUGAACGACUCGGGCUGGAAAGUCCUCCUAUGCUUCGCUUCGGAGCAUCAGUUUUGGUCAAAUCCAAACGAUGGCAUCGUGCAGGUCAGCUCUCUAUGCCAUACCGAACUAUGCAACUCCUUGGUCCCUGCCCAUACAUGUCGCAUGGCUGGAUUGUCCGGGACAAGAAGGGCCAAUUGUUGCACGCGCGCACUGUACUUGAACCAUCGCCGGUAGCCGAUCAGGCGAUCAUGGAACUCCAAGAGGUGCCUGCUGUGAAGCAUCGCAUCGCUGGAAAACACCCACCUCCACUACCUGACCAUCCACUGGCUGGCCGCGUGGGAGCGCUCUAUGAGGAGUCGGUUCCAGCUCUAGCAACUUGCAGAGCUGGCGGGGAGGACUCUUUGGAUUCUUUGGACUGGUCUUCAUCGUUGGAUGUUGGCAAGUCGCUUUCACUGGGGCUGGAGCCAAAGGGGGAGUUGGAGGAGGUGAAUGGUGGCCACAAACUACAUGAUAAAGUUGAACCUGGUGAUGAACUUUUGCACCAUGACCUUCAGGGGGAGGUCGAAGAUUCACUGCUGUGUGAUUGGCAGCAGGUGGAAAAGUGGCAUGAGCUUGAACAACAACGACACUGGGCGCUCAAACAGCUUUGGUGUCAAGGCCUUCGUGAAGUUGCAGUUGGUGAGAACUCCGGCAGUGUCCAUGGCAGCUGGCUUCAUGAAGUUGAACUACUCCUCAAGGGUGCUGAAGAUCAACUGUCGUUUCAGCACUCUGCAAUCGAGAACUUCAAGCUGUCGGCAUUGGCUCCAUCAAUGGGAACCCCAGAUGCUCCAGCAACAGUGCUUCAGACCUAUACGGUCUCACUACAGCAAGUUCGCAGGGAAUUGGAAAAAUGGAAACCUCCUCUGCGUGAUGAAUAUGGACAGCUGGUGUCCUCAACUCAGGCAAUCAAGCCUACCACAGAGGAAAAGUUGCGCCUGGAUCCAAGAUUUCCCACUAUGGAGCUGGCUCCAGCGAUGCUUGUCAAUGAAGAGAGCAACAACUCUGCAGGUGAGACUCAGCCCAAGGACUCAAACCCGUUCUCGCUCUAUGCAGGUGGAGCAGAUGGAACCACUUUGCGCUGCUUGAUGAAAUGUGCGGCUGAAAACUCUUGGUCAGUCGGCACGGUGGACAUCAAAACAGCAUUCCUUCUUGCACCACGACCUGAUGAACAAGAACGUCUUCUCGUCGCUCGUCCGCCAAAGGUGUUAAUUGAAGCUGGAAUUUGCGACGCUUCGGAACUCUGGGAGAUCUCUCAUGCCGUCUACGGGCUGAACGAUGCUCCAACGAACUGGUCGCAGUACCGUGACCGUGAACUACCUCAACUGCGCUUCUCGGCAGGAGGUCAUGACUACCAGCUGGUGUCCACACCGGAGCCGAACCUUUGGAAGUUGAUCAAGACCGACCCUGGUGCUGUUCCGCAGGAGGACAACUCUGAAGGCUUCCUCGCUGUGUACGUUGAUGACAUGCUUGUUGCUGCACCAGGUCCCUUGGCAAAGUCGGUGAUCGAUGGGAUUCGGGCUCAUUGGCGGUGUUCGGAACCAGAGUGGGCAUCGGCAGAAAAGGCCAUCAAGUUUUGUGGCUUUGAGAUCAGUUGCAGCGACGAUGCGGUAUCAAACCACGUCAAACGCCUCUUCCUUUGGGAGUUCAAGAUGAAGUUGAAGCUGAUGUGCAAAUCUCCCAAGUCCGACGAGCUCAAGCUUUGGUCGGAGAACUUCUUUGGUUGA